AUGGAAACCGUUGAGGGAAAGCCUGUGUGCAUGCAAGGCUAUUAUGAGAUCGUGCUAUUUCCUAAAACUGGAAGUGAUUUAGCCUUGAAUCAUGCUAAUGGCCGUGUCCGCAUCCUUUUUGAUUACCACAAUCUGUAUCUGGUUGCUUUUAAGUCACACGGGAUGUGGCACAAAUUCCCGGACCUCGAUCCUAAGAUUGUUCCAGACUAUGCAAGCAAUGAGCGAAAGAAGUAUUACAAGGUGAAGAACAUUCCCUUUGAGUCCAACUAUGGUGUUAGAGCAAGUUGGAAGAGUCAAAAUACCCGACCUACAGAAGAUGCUAUUUAUGUCCUGCGCUGUAUUUUCAGAGGUGCUCAGGUUCCCUCUUAUGAAGAAGUAGGCUGUAUACCUGAUAGCUACCCUGUGGAGAAGCAAAAGUUGAUUAUAAUUGCUUGCAUAGCCCUUCGUAAUUUCAUCCGUGAUAGUGCUUUGGCUGAUGUUCUUUUUGAGAGAUGUGACAAUGAUGAAGAGUAUAUGCCACCUAUCAAUACACCUGAAGAAGAAGACAAUUAUGUCAGCACCACAUCCAAUGAUGGUGAUAUAACCACCGUGGAGGAUGUCUUCGAUUUGCCAUUGUUUGUGGAGGAGGACGACGAGGAGGCGGCGGCGGAAGCAGCGAAACAGAAGCGACGGGAGCAGAGCUUGAAGCCCCGGUGGCCGAGGCCGACGAGUUAUCGGGACACGCCGAAGAUGAAGGAGAGGUGGGCGAGGAGUAGUGCUCUGGCUUCCCAGUAUUGGGAGCAUGACCCCAAGACAGGGAUCAGCUACUACACGUGCGCCUGCUUCCGAAACCUCACCAUCUUCGACCUUGACAAGGAGACGCAAUAUGGUCCAAUGCGUUUUACAGACGCAAUUAUCCCAGAGGAUCACAUUUUGACUAGCUCGUUAAAUGUAAUAUCUCUGAAAGUAAAAUCAUCAGAUGUUGGCUACCCUAUCAAUCUAUAUGGGACUGUGAUAGUCAGAGAUGGAUUAGAUUUUAACUGCAUCACCAUCUUCCGGCGCAAUAGGAACAAUUGCCAAGUUAUCCAGUCAGAGAAUGAAGAUAUAAUUCUCACAGGACCAACUAGAGGAAUUGUUUUUUAUGGUGAAAUAUUUUUUGAGAUAAAUUUGAAGAUUAAGGAGAAUGAAGAGUGCAAUGACAAGGAAUUUAGUAAAGGAUUGCUUGAAAUGAAAGUCUACACUCGUCGGUUUAAGAUUGUGACUGAAACCUUGGAGAGUAGGCUCAGUGAGGUGGAACUUGUAACUGCUUGUGUUAAGGAAGCACUGGAGGGCACUGUUGAGAUCAAGAUUCUGUCAGAUUCUGAAGUUUUUCAUGGGAAAAUUACGGCUUGCACAACAGAUGUUCCGAAUGAUAUUGUACUGUAUGACAGUGAUGUCGGUUCUGCAAACGCAGUUGGUGAUGACAGAGUCGUGCAGCUGCUGCGACGUGUCGUAGCAGUGUCCAGAAAAGAGAUGUUGAUAUUGAAUAUCCAUGCCCAUAAUAUUCAUCAGAAUCAUGUCGUCAGUCGCAGUUUGAAGUUCACCCCAUUCACUAGAGGCUCUAAUGAGGACGAGAUUAGCUGUGGUAUUUACAAGAUGCGGGUGAAAGUUGUUUGGUCAACCUUGUUGAUGGGUUAGAAUUAUACUCUACUGAGAGUCUUUUUACAAGAUGCGGGUGAAAGUUGUUUGUAAAUUAACAACUUUGAGAUGAAUUAGAAUUAUACGCUAUUGGGAAUAUUUUUCACAGAUCUUGUAGCUUAUGCUAAACUCGGUGGUGUAAAUAAUUAAACUUUUAAGCUAGCUGUCAUGCCGAAAUUGAAUGUAAGUGGU